UUUUGUUUAUUGGCGCCAAAUGCCAAAUGCCUUUCCGGUUUUUUUCUACGUUAUAUUUUAAUAAUUUAUAGUAUAAACAAUCUAAAAUAUACAUUAAUAACACUAAUUAUGGUUGGCAAAGCUCGUACCAAGUUGUACGUACUCAAAAGAGAUGGUAGGGUAGAAGACGUGCAUGUAGAUAAAAUAACUUCCAGAAUACAGAAACUAUGUUACGGCCUAAACUUGGACUUUGUAGACCCCGUGUCUAUAACUUUAAAAGUUAUAAGUGGUUUGUACCCCGGAGUUACCACUGUGGAACUUGACACUUUAGCUGCAGAAACCGCAGCUAUGAAAACUAUAGAUCAUCCUGAUUAUGCUGUUCUAGCUGCUCGCAUAUCGAUGUCUAACCUACAUAAGGAAACAAAGAAGCAAUUUAGUGAGGUCGUAGCCGAUUUGUACAAUAUGGUUGAUGCUAGGACCAACAAACGAACCCCCAUGAUAUCCGAUUACCACUAUAACAUAGUCAUGAAAAAUGCAGACAGUUUAAACUCGUGCAUCAUUUACGAUCGCGAUUUUUCCUACAGUUACUUUGGUUUGAAAACUUUAGAACGUUCCUACCUGCUGAAAAUAAACGGGAAAAUCGUAGAACGUCCCCAACACAUGCUCAUGAGAGUGGCUAUAGGAAUACACGGGGAGGACAUUGAAUCCGCUAUAAAAACCUACAAUCUCUUAUCCGAAAAAUAUUUCACUCACGCAAGUCCGACUCUGUUUUCCGCUGCAACCCCUAAACCUCAGUUGUCCUCAUGUUUUCUAUUAAUGUUACCUGAAGACAGCAUGGAGGGUGUUUUUACUCUAUUAUCAAGGUGCGCUUACAUCUCGAAAUCGGCCGGUGGAAUCGGCAUCAACGUCCACAACUGUAGGGCUAAAGACUCCCUUAUAAAAGGAACCCAGGGCAAAUCGAAAGGCUUGGUGCCCUUAUUGAGGGUGUUUAACAACACAGCUCGGUAUGUAGACCAAGGCGGCAACAAAAGACCUGGAGCUUUCGCCGUGUAUUUAGAACCCUGGCACGCCGACAUUUUAGACUUCUUAAACUUGAAAAAGAACACCGGCAAAGAAGAGAUGAGAGCCAGAGAUUUAUUCUACGCCUUGUGGAUACCCGAUUUGUUCAUGAAGCGGGUCGAAGCCAACGAGAACUGGUCGCUGAUGUGCCCCCACGCCUCGCCAGGUCUCUCGGACUGCUACGGCGAUGAAUUCGAAAAGCUUUAUCUCAAAUACGAAGCCGAAGGUAAAUUCGUCAAGCAACUACCCGCCCAGGAAGUCUGGAAAGCGAUAAUAGUCUCCCAAGUGGAAACCGGAACGCCUUACAUGCUCUACAAGGACUCCUGCAAUAGGAAAAGUAACCAACAAAAUCUAGGAGUCAUCAAAAGCAGCAAUCUAUGCACGGAAAUCGUAGAGUACACGGCCCCCGAUGAAGUAGCUGUUUGCAAUUUGGCUUCGAUAGCUGUAAACAUGUUUGUAAGCAGCGACAGAAAAACGUACGAUUUCGCCAAAUUGAAGGAAAUAACGAAAGUUGUCGCCACGAACUUGGACAAAAUCAUAGAUGUCAAUUACUACCCGAUACCCGAAGCGAAGACCUCAAACAUGCGCCACAGGCCCAUCGGUAUAGGCGUGCAAGGCCUCGCCGAUGCCUUCAUCUUGUUACGCAUGCCGUUCGACAGCGAACAAGCCAGCUUACUCAACAAACAGAUAUUCGAAACUAUUUACUACGGAGCAUUAGAAGCCAGUUGCGAACUGGCCAAGGCCAAGGGGACUUACUCGACGUACGAAGGGUGCCCUGCCAGCAAAGGAAUCCUGCAGUACGAUAUGUGGGACGUAACACCGACUGAUUUGUGGGACUGGUCGAGUUUGAAGGCUAAUAUAGCGAAGCACGGUCUUAGAAAUUCGUUGCUCCUAGCACCGAUGCCUACGGCUUCGACCGCCCAAAUUUUGGGCAAUAACGAAUCGAUUGAACCUUACACUUCGAACAUAUACACCAGGAGGGUGUUGUCUGGGGAAUUUCAAGUUGUUAAUCAGCAUCUGAUCAACGAUUUGACGGAAAGGGGGCUGUGGGAUGACGCGAUGAAAAACCAAAUUUUGGCCAACCUUGGUUCUAUUCGAAAUAUUCCUUCUGUGCCGGAUGACCUUAAGGCUAUUUACAAGACCGUUUGGGAAAUAUCGCAGAAGGUCAUUUUGAACAUGGCGGCUGAUAGAGGGGCUUUCAUAGACCAAAGUCAGAGCUUAAAUAUUCACGUCGAGAAACCUAAUUACGGGGUUUUGUCGUCUAUACAUUUUUAUGGUUGGAAAAAAGGGUUGAAAACGGGGAUGUACUAUUUGAGGACCAAACCAGCCGCUAAACCUAUACAAUUUACUGUGGAUAAGAGCAAAUUGAUCGUCAAAAAUCAACAGAAUGGAGAAACAAACGGGUUGAAAAGCGAAGAAAAAAGAGUGGAAAAUGGGGUAGAAAAUGUAAAAAAUGGAGCAGAAAGUCCGAUAGUGAAUGGUAAAACAGAAAAAGCGCUCAAUGGCCAUGCUGUAGCGAAUGCGUAAUCUUAUUUUUUUUUUAGGAGAUACUUUUUAUUUUUAUUCUUAUUUUAGGUAUUUUAACACCCUAUUUUUGAUUUAUGCAAUCCUAUUGUCAUUUAUUUUUAUUAUAAAAAAUGAUUUAUUAACAGUGUAUGGUAUAUAUUUUAUAAAAUAAGAAUCACUAUUUCAAGUCAUACAUUUCUUAACUUUUUUUAUAGAACAAUUACACCACAAAAUGUAAGCUAAUUUAUUUC